UCGCAGCACAAAUUAAUUAAGCUCUGUUUUUAGAUGACAAUUAGAUUAAGCUCCAUCGAUUUCUUGUUAGCAAUUGGCCUGUUUUUAUUACACUUGCUGAGAGUAUACCAUGUGCUACAGUUGAUGGCACUGACAAAUUGUACAUUAUACUAGUACCAUUCGCAUACAAAGACGCGUAGCUGGGCGUUGACGGGUACAAUCGAAGCAAGGCUGGCCGGCAUGAGGCUCUCAUCCAACAUUCAUCAUAGCUGAGUGAUUGCAAAUGGACCAUGAAGCCAGUACAAGCCACGAUCUCCUGGAGAGGAUGUUGCUUGAUGAAAGCGCAGAGCCCACGAGCCUGCCGUUAUCACUUCUGCAAUACAUAACAAAUCGUUUCUCUCCCGAUCACCAAAUUGGCAGAGGUGGUUUUGCGGUGGUUUACAAGGGAGUGGUCGGAAAAGGCAUGGUGGCCGUGAAGAAGCUCCUCAACACGUUUGAUAUUCACGAGAAUAAAUUCCAUGAAGAGGUUAAAUGUUUGAUAAAGGCCAAGCACAAAAAUAUUGUACGUUUUUUGGGAUAUUGUGCUGACACGCAAGGAAAAAUGGAAAACUACGAGGGGAUGCUUGUCAUGGCAGAUCAACGGAACUGGUUGCUCUGUUUCGAGUAUGUACCCAAUGGGAAUCUCGAUAAGCACAUUACCGAUGCAUCUUGUGGACUUGAAUGGAACGAGCGGUAUCGAAUAAUCAAUGGGAUAUGCGAGGGUUUGCUUUUUCUCCAUGAGAAGCGAAUUCUUCACUUAGACCUGAAGCCUGCUAAUAUAUUGAUGGAUAAUCAAAUGGUACCCAAAAUUGCUGACUUUGGUUUGUCAAGAUGCCUCGGUGAAGACCAAACCCGUGCGAUAACUAAAAACCUAUGUGGAACACUGGGAUAUAUGGAUCCAGAGUACCUCAAAUCAGGAAAAAUCACAUUCGCAUCAGACAUAUAUAGUCUUGGCGUUAUUAUCAUGGAAAUACUGACAGGACUGAAGGGAUAUCUCAAAGCUGAGAACGUAGUUGAAAGUUGGAUGAACCGAUUGCAGGCAUCAGAGGGAGACAUGCGAUUGGUACAAGUGAGAGUUUGCACUAGGAUAGGGAUAGAGUGCAUGGACUUGGACCCAAAUAAGAGACCAGUUGCACGGGAUAUAAUCGGUAGGCUUAAUGAAAUGACAAGUGAUACUGUCUAUUCAAUUUACGAAACCAGUAUCAGCAGCUCAUCAGUUGAGCUGCAAGUAAGUUUACCCAGGGAACAAUCUGGAGAAAAAAUAAAAAAGAUUGCAACUGAGAGCCUCGAAAAGGUGGAUGUCAAGGAACACCCUGAAAUAUCAGAGGAUUUUGUAGAACCUGUUGGAAAGCUUCAGUUACAGGAAAGCCAACAGAAAUUAGGCCAGAUAUCAUUAUCGGGAGCGCAAGAUACAGAGAAAAAGGUUAAUCGUCCUGGGGAAAGCAUUUCUAGAUCUAUCUCUAGUGUGUUCUUCAAGUUGAGAAAUCUGGACAUCUUUAAAAGGAAAGAACGCAUGACUGUGCAUAGAAACUACAACCAUGUAUCAGAUAAUGUAAAGAUCUUCAGAAUGAAGGAGCUUGAGCCAAUAAUAAGGGAUAGCAAUUUAAUUGGAAAAGGUGACUUCACUGAAGUUUACAAGGGCGUAUUAGCUGAUGCACUGGUCGUGGUAAAGAAACCGAUUUCUAGUUAUGGGAUAAAUAAUUGUGUGUUCGAAAGGGAAGUCGGCAUCCUGUCUCAAAUGGUCCACAAGAACAUCGUUAGGUUCAUAGGUUGUUGCCUAGAAAUGGAUAGUCCCAUACUGGUGCACGAGUUCAUCUCAAGAGGAAGCCUUGAUGACAUUCUUCACAGAGUUGACAACGAGCCUCUCAACAUAGAUGUACGUCUGACUAUAGUUGCAGAAUCAGCACAGGGUCUAGCUUAUAUGCAUUCCGGAGCUGGUUUCACCGUUAUCCAUGGUAAUGUUAAACCGGCAAAUAUACUCUUGUGCGAGAACUUCGUUCCAAAGAUCUCAGGCUUUUUCAUAUCGAGGUUCGUUCAGAGAAAUGAUGAAUUCACUGCACACAUGUUCGGUAACUUGAUUUAUACAGAUCCAGUGUACAUUCAAACAUACCUACUGACCAAAAAGAGUGAUGUUUACAGCUUUGGAGUUGUGAUCUUGGAGGUCAUUAGCAGGAAGAAGGCUUCCAUUCAUUCUGAUUACAAAAGCUUAGUGAGAAGUUUCCUUGAAGUUCACGAGAAAGGAAAGAAACCAACUGAACUGUUUGACAAGGAAGUUGCAGUGACAACAGAAGAUUUGGAGAUUCUCGACUCGCUGGCAGAGAUUGCUGUGGAAUGUCUUAACCUUAAUGUGGAUCAAAGACCCAAGAUGGCAGACGUUGCAGAACGCCUUCUCACACUACAACGAUAUCAUAGGUCGCAAAUUGUUCAAAUGGACAGUGAAACCAGUACAAGCUACGACGUCCUGGAGAGGAUGCUGCUUGAUGAAAGCGCAGAGCCCACUAGUCUGCCGUUAUCACUUCUGCAAUACGUAACAAAUCAUUUCUCUCUUGAUAACCAAAUUGGCAGCGGCGGGUUUGCAGUAGUUUAUAAGGGAAUGGUUGGAAAAGGUAUGGUCGCCGUAAAGAAGCUGUCCAACACAUUUGGUCUUCACGAGAAUAAAUUUCAUGAAGAGGUUAAAUGCCUGAUAAAUGCCAAGCACAAGAAUAUUGUAAGGUUUCUGGGCUAUUGUGCUGAGACUCAAGGUAAAAUGCAAAAGUUUGAGGGGAAGCUUGUCAUGGCAGAUCAGCGGAACUGGUUGCUCUGUUUUGAGUAUGUAUGCAAAGGGAGUCUCGAUAAGCACAUUACCGAUGCAACCUGUGGACUUAAUUGGAGGGAACGCUAUCAAAUUAUUAAGGGGAUAACUGAGGGUUUGCUUUUUCUUCAUGAGAUGCGAAUUCUUCACUUAGACCUUAAGCCAGCUAAUAUUUUACUUAACGGUCAGAUGGUACCCAAAAUUGCUGACUUUGGUCUCUCCAGAUGCCUCGGUGAAGAUCAAACCCGUGCGAUUACUGAAAACCUAAGUGGAACUCUGGGAUAUAUGGAUCCAGAAUACCUCAGAUCAAGACAAAUUGCAUUUGCAUCAGACAUAUAUAGUCUUGGCGUCAUAAUCAUGGAAAUAUUGACAGGAGCGAAGCGGUAUCUCGAUGACGAUUAUGUAGUUGAAAGUUGGAUGAAUCGAUUGGAUGCAUCAGAGGGGCGCAUGCAAUUGGAACAAGUAAGAGCAUGCUCUAAGAUUGGGAUAGAGUGCAUGAACUUGGAUCCAAAGAAGAGACCAGUUGCAAGGCACAUACUUGAUAGGCUUGAUAAAACGACAAGUGCUGACUAUUCAGAAGAAACUUGCGUCGGCAGUUCAUCAUUUGAAUCGCAUAUAAUUUUACCCAGGGAACAAUUUGGAGAAAGGAUUGGAAAGCUUGGAGCUGAGAACCUCCAGAAGGCGGAUGUCAAGGAACACUCAAUAUUGGAAGAUGUGGCAGAACGCAUUGAAUGGCUUCAUAUGCAGGAAUGCCAACUGAAAGUAGGCCAGUUACCAUUAUGGGGAGUGCAAGAUAUGAAGGAAAAGGUCAACCGUCAUGGGGCAAACAAUUCUAGCUCUAUCUGUACUGGAUUCUCUGAGAAGAACAUUUUCAACAUUUUCAACAUGAAAACACGCAGCAAUUUUGAUAGGAAUGACAGGCGGAAGUCACAUUUUAUAAAUAUCUUCAGAAAGGAGGAGCUCUUGCCAAUAGUAAGGAGUAGCAAUCAAAUUGGAAAAGGCAACUCCAGUGAAGUUUAUAAAGGCUUUGUAGGUAAUGCACUGGUCGCAGUAAAGACACCGAUCUCUGGUAAUAUGCUAGUGAGUAACCUGUUAGAAAACGAAGUCAUCAUCCAAUCUCAGAUCGUUCACAAGAAUAUUGCUUGGCUCAUAGGUUGUUGCCUAGAAACGGAAAGCCCCAUGCUAGUAUACGAGUUUCUCUCGAGAGGAAGUCUUCAUGACAUUCUUCACAGCGGCAGCAAGGUGCCUCUGAACUUGGAUUUGCGUCUAAAUAUCAUUCAAGAUUCAGCACAUGGUUUAGCUUAUUUGCACUCACAAGCUCAUGCCAAAAUUGUGCAUAGUAAUAUUAAACCGGCAAAUAUACUCUUGGAUGAAAACUUUGUUCCAAAGAUCUCAGGCUUCAGCAUGUCGAGUUUGAUUACGAGAGACAACGAACACACUGUCUACGUCAACGGUGACAUGAAUUACAUGGAUCCAGUAUACAUGCAAACAGGCCUACUGACCGAAAAAAGUGAUGUCUACAGUUUUGGAAUUGUGAUCUUGGAAAUCAUUAGCAGGAAGGAGGCCAGACAUUCUGAUAAUAAUAGCUUAGUGAAGUGUUUUGUUGAAGUUCAUGAAAAAGGGAAGAAAGCAACCGAGCUGUUUGACAAGGAAAUGGCGCUAACAGGUAAUUUGGAGAUUCUUGACUAUCUGGCAGAGAUUGCUGUGGAAUGUCUUAACCUUGAUGUCGAUCAGAGACCAUCGAUGACUGAUGUUGCAGAGCGCCUUGUCAUACUUAACCGAUCUCGUAGGUUACAUGCACAGCAUAUAAGCGGUGACUAUUCAGAUGAAACUGACAUCAGCAGUUUAUUUGCUGAGCAAAACGAAGAAGGUCAAUUAUGGGGAGUGCAAGAUAGGGACCACCCUGGCGUAAACAUUUCUAGUUCUAUCUCUUCUCGGCUCAACAAGUUGAAUAGUUUGGACAUUUUCAACCGGAAGGCACGCACGAAUUUUGAUACAACAAGCAGACGUAUAUUAGAAAAGUCACAUUUUAUAAAGAUAUUCAAAAAGAAGGAGGUCAUGUCAAUGCUGAAGACUAACAAUUUGAUUGGAAAAGAUGGAUUCUUUGAAGUUUACAAAGGUGUUGUUGGUACUACAGUGGUGGCGGUAAAGAAACCGAUCAAUGGUAGUAUGGUAGAGAAUGAACAAUUUGAAAAUUUAGUCAUCAUCCAGUCUCAAGUCAUUCACAAGAACAUCCAUAGGCUCAUAGGUUGUUGCCUAGAAAUGGAUAUCCCCAUGUUGGUGUAUGAGUUUCUCUCCAAAGGAAGCCUUGAUGACAUUCUUCACAGCAGCAGCAAGGUCCCUCUCAGCUUGGAUAUGCUUCUAGCUAUUGUUGCAGAAUCAGCACAUGGUCUAGCUUAUCUGCAUUCACAAGCUCAUUGCAAAUUCCUGCAUGGUGAUGUUAAACCGGAAAAUAUUCUCUUGGAUGAAAACUUUAUGCCGAAGAUCUCAGCGAGCUUAUCGAAGUUGAUUGCGAGUGAUAACGAACAUUCCCACUGCAUCAUCGGUGAUAUGUCUUAUAUGGAUCCAAUAUACCUGCAAACAGGCAGACUGACACAAAAAAGUGAUGUCUACAGUUUUGGAAUUGUGAUCUUGGAGGUCAUUAGCAGGAAGAAGGCCAGACAUUCUGAGGACAACAACUUAGUGAAGAGUUUCCUUGAAGUUCACAAAGAAGGGAAGAAAGCAACCGAUCUGUUCGACAAGAAAAUUGCAGUAAAAGGAAAUUUGGAGAUUCUUGACUACCUGGCCGAGAUUGCGGUGCAAUGCCUUAACCUUGAUGUGGAUCAAAGACCCACGAUGACAUAUGUUGCAGAGCGCCUUCUGACACUGCAACGAUAUCGUAGGUCGCAAGUUGCUCACCAAUGAGUUGAUGCAUAUUUUAGUGUGAACACCAUGUAUGCACCAUUGGA